UUAUAUCUAAUCUGUGUCACUUUCAUAGAAAAUUCUCAACCCUUCAUUACUUACCCGUUCGAGUUCACCCACACAACCAAACACACCACUAUCGCCAUGUCCUCCAUUUCCACUCUCAGGAGCAGAUCCUCACCCUUCAUCGCCCAACGCCUCUCAAUCCAACGGUUCCAGAUCCGCCACUCUUCCACCUCUUCGCCCGCCUCGUCGCUCCUGAACUCCUCGGACCCGGUUCGAACCGGCUUCGGCCUAAGGUGCAUUUCGACCGUCCUGGCCGGCACCAGUUUAGGGUUUCUUCUGUACGGAUUCUGCUCUUCUUCGCCCAAUUCCGAGUUUGACUCAGCUCUGCUCAAAAGCUCAAUCUCUUCUCUCGUUGACUGGUCAACUCCGACUCUCGAGGACCCAAACCGACGUCGUUCCUUCUUUCCAAAAUUUUCCUUCCCUGAAAUAAACGGUGGCUCGCUAGUUGGAGAUGCCUUCAGGAGAAAGAUUUUCUUCAACUAUGAGAAGCGCAUUCGGUUGCGAAGUCCUCCUGAAAAGGUUUUUGAAUACUUUGCAUCUGAUCGUAGUCCAGAAGGAGAAGUACUGAUGAAACCAGCAGAUUUAAUGCGGGCAGUGGUUCCUGUUUUCCCUCCAUCUGAAUCCCACCUUGUUAGAGAUGGAUACCUCGAAGGAGAAAGGAGGCCGGGCCAUCUACGCUGCCCUCCUUCUGAAUUUUUUAUGCUCUUUGAUGUAAACAAUGACGGACUUAUAUCUUUUAAAGAGUAUAUCUUUUUUGUUACACUACUCAGCAUCCCAGAAUCAAGCUUUUCAGUGACAUUUAAAAUGUUUGAUGUCGACAAUAAUGGGGAGAUAAAUAAGGAAGAAUUCAAAAAAGUAAUGGCAUUGAUGCGAUCUCGUCAUCGACAGGGUGUUCACCACAGGGAUGGACUGCGAACUGGCCUAAAGGUGAAUGAUUCUGUGGAAGAUGGAGGGCUGGUGGAAUUCUUUUUUGAUAAAGAUGGAAAUGGACGCCUCCAGCAUGAUAAAUUCGUAAAAUUUUUGAGAGACUUGCAUGAUGAGAUUCUGAGGCUGGAGUUUGCUCAUUAUGACUACAAAUCUCGACAAACCAUAUCAGCCAAGGACUUUGCACUCUCCAUGGUUGCUUCUGCUGACAUGAGUAAUCUAGGCAGGUUGCUUGGACGGGUUGAUGGAUUGGAUGAUGAUCCACGUUUUAAGGAUUCACGAAUCACAUUUGAGGACUUCAAAAACUUUGCAGAGCUACGGAAAAAAUUAUUACCAUUUUCAUUGGCCCUUUUCAGCUUUGGAGAAGUAAAUGGUCUAUUGACAAGAGACGAUUUUCAACGAGCAGCAUCUCAUGUAUGCGGCAUUUCUCUCUCGGACAAUGUGGUUGACAUUGUUUUCCAUUUGUUCGACACAAAUCGGGAUGGAAACCUAAGUUUUGAUGAGUUUGUCAGAGUACUACACAAGCGUGAGAGGGACAUUGCACAACCCGUGGAGACAGGAAUAAUGGGUUUGUUGUCAUGCUGCUGGAACUGUAGUAAAAACUUCUCAUCUUCAUGGUUGUUUUCCUGAUUUAGAAAAGUUACUUUCACAAACAUUUCAAGAUCAGACAUAACAGAAUAGAUUGGAGUUGGAGCCGGUGAACAGAAGAGAAAAAUAAAGGUAAAGGUGGGUAGUGAGCAGUGACUGUUGAUCUGGGACUGGAAGUUUCCCGUAAGAUACAUUUCUAUGUCAAACACAGAUCUUCCUGAUAUCACCUCACUUUGCAGUACCCUUGAAGAAAAGAUGAGCACACACAUAACCUACUUUUUGAUAGCUUAGAAAUAUCAAACAAGUAUGUUGCAAAAUCAAUGUGUCACUGAGGUGGGGAAAAUAUCUAGUUUUCCCCACUUUAUGCUUUUGGUUUCGGGUUUGGCUGCUGAUACCCUUGAUACCCGGAACUAUUUGGGCUUUGCCAUGUAAGUAUGUACCCUAAUCUGUACUUAGAAAUCAUUCAGUUCCAUGUAAUUUUUAAAGGACUUCUAUGAAUGCCUACAAUCGUUCGUAUUUGCGGUGUAUGUUGAUGUAUUGUAAUACCUACCUAUGGGUAUGCCUCUUGCAAUACUAUAAGCUCUUUAGUAAUUUACAUUAGAGUACAGUGAGAUGUUAUAGCCUUGAGGGGAAAAGUGAGGGAGUAAAUUUCAUUGUAUCAAAUAUAUAAUAAUCUCUAUUUCUUUGGGUCCA